AUGCCUUUGUCCGACGACCCUAAAGUCAAUGUGACGGCCGACCAGCUGGUGAAAGGUCUGCGUGGUGCUUUCCAUACUCCACGGGAGUUUCGUGCUGCCCACGCCCGCGGCAAGCUCGUCGGGGGCACUUUCACUCCGUCUGCUGAAGCUGGAAACCUGUCAAAAGCACCGCAUUUCAACCAUCCCGUCCCCCUCAUCGUCCGCUUCUCCAGCUCCACCGGCCUCCCGCAAAUCCCGGACACGGAUCCCAAUGGUAUGCCCCGUGGUAUGGCCGUCCGCUUCGUGCUGAGCGAGGACGGGCAUAGGCAUACGGAUAUCGUGUUCCAUUCCACCAAGGCCUUCCCUGCUCGGACGGGCGAGGAGUUUCUGGAGGUGCUGGCUGCGAUUGGGGACGGGAGUAUUGGGGAGUAUCUGGAUGCUCAUCCAGCGGCUGCUCGGUUUGUGAAUGAGCCCAAGCCUUUCCCGAUUAGUUUUGGGACGUUGGCGUAUUUUGGUCUUCAUGCGUUUAGGCUUGUUCCGGAGACUGGCAGGGAGACGAUUGUACGAUAUCUGAUCGAACCGGUAGCUGGUGUUCAUACUCUAUCAGCGGAGGAGGUUGCCCAAAAGUCAAGUACCUACCUCUUCGACGAGCUGGAAGAGCACUUGUCGACCUCACCAGUAGAGUUCAAGCUUUUAGCUCAAAUCGCAGAAGCAGGCGAUCCUACGAACGAUGUUACGAAACACUGGCCUGAAAGCAGGAAGAAAGUGGAGCUGGGCAUAAUCAAGCUUGAGGAGAGUGUGGUGGAGCCACAGGAUGCUAGGGAGCAGAAGAGGAUCAUCUUCGAUCCGAUUCCCAGAGUUGAUGGAGUGGAUGCGAGCGAUGAUCCGUUGCUUGAGAUACGCGCGGCGGUGUAUUUGAUUGGUGGUAAAGAGAGGAGGGCUGCUCCUGUUGUUAGUGCGGCGGCUGUAGCUUGA